AUGUCGUCUCUAUACAUAGGUGUCUAUAAGGCACUAUUUGACUACGAUGCACAAGCUGAUGAAGAAUUGUCAAUCCGAGAGGGUGACUUAUUGUAUUUAUUGGAGAAGUCCGAUAUCGACGAAUGGUGGAAAGUGAAAAAAAGAGUUAUUGCCACGGGAGACGAAGUUGUUGACGAGCCUUCGGGGUUGGUCCCAUCAAAUUAUAUUGAAAGCGCUCCAAUAAUUCAACAAGCAACUGCAUUAUACGACUAUGAUAAGCAAACUGAGGAAGAAUUGUCAUUUCAAGAAAAUGCAGUGUUUAAUGUUUAUGAUCUAAACGAUCCUGAUUGGAUACUAGUCAGCGAUGCAACUCAGAAGGAAUUUGGUUUUAUCCCCUCGAAUUACAUCCAGCUCGGUCAGGGUGUUGGUGCAUCCUCUUCAUCGAAUCAACUAGAUGAUCAAUCUCAACCUCAAGGAGCAAGUACAUACAAUGAACCUCUGCAAGACCAUACUUACCAGCAACAACAGCAUCAACAGCAUCAACAGCAACAACAGCAACCUCCGCUGCACAUCCAGCUUCCUCCUGCUUCAAGCUUCCCACCACCUCCCACACACAUUAGUAGAUCUGCUGAGCCUGAAAUUCCUCCGCCAACACCACAAAAAGAUUAUCCUCGGCAAUUGGAGGCUCAAAGUCCUUUGCGUCAACAAAGACAAAGCUAUGGUGCACAUCAGGGUAGAGGAGGAGGAGGAGAAGAAAACGAAGGAAACGAAGAAAAAGAAAGAAAAUACAGAGGCAACAACUAUAACAGUGGUGGUUAUAAUAAUAAUGGUGGUGACUAUGAUGAAGGUGAUACUCCUCCUCCCCCCAUGCCUACUCGUCCUUCAGAACCGGAGGUAUCCGUGGGAAGCUCGAGUCAAAACUAUGAGAGGGAGCAAGACGUCAAUGAGGGAGCAUCGAAAGACCAUACUUAUGACGGUGAAUUCUUCACUUGGUACAUUGAUGAAGUGGAUGGCCGUAAAAAGAGACCAGUUAAAUUAUCGAUUGGUCAAAACUUGAUUAUCCUCAAACCAAACAUUACCAAUCCUAAAAAAUUAAGGUUGAAAUCUGCAUCACACUUGGACAAUGAAUGGAGAAUUAAGGAUUUGAAAAGUUUUAGUAGUGAGAAGAAGCAUCUUUUUUUGGAGUUAAAAAACCCCACCGAGUCAAUCGAGUUGCAUACAGGAACAAAGGAUGUUGCAGAUGCGAUAACUGCAAUACUUGGGGAUUUGAAAGGAGCAGAGGAAGCAAGAGGUUUACGCGAAGUCGAGAAAGCAUCACAAGCUAGAACUGGAGGCUCCAACAAAAAGAUCGGACGUCUACUUUAUGACUUUAAGGCUCAAGGAGAUGAUGAGCUCAACUGUAGGGAGGGUGACGAAGUUUAUAUCAUUGACGAGUCAAAAUCCAGAGAUUGGUGGAUGGUGCAAAACACUGAAACCAGAGGUCAAGGUGUUGUACCGUCGUCUUAUAUUGAGAUCAUAAGCACGUCCAACCUUGAUAAAUUGACUGAUGGUCCUCAAAGAAGAAAAUCCACAAAGGGUAAAGUGGUUAGUAGCAAGGACAGGCACCGCCAAAGAAAUAGAGAAGAGCGUGAAAGAGUUCGAGAGCAUGACAGAUCACAAAGAGAAAGACAAUCAAAGUCUCAUAGUGAGAGUGAUAAGUCUAUGCCGAACUAUCACAGGGUAAGAACGUGGAUAGAUAGUUCUGGUACAUUUAAAGUCGAGGCAGAAUUUUUGGGCUUUGUUGAAGGAAAAGUACACUUGCACAAGACAAAUGGCGUGAAAAUAGCUGUUGCCGCAGAGAAGCUAUCAUUGGAAGAUUUGGAGUACGUGGAGAAAAUCACCGGAAACUCUUUGGAGAGCUACAAAGAAAUGGUCCAAAGACAAAUGGAAAAAAGAGCUAGAUCCAAGUCCAAAUCAGGUGCAACCUCGGCUGCACCAUCACAGCAACAUUCUGGUCCUAGCUCUAGACAAUCAGCAACUGCUGCUAUCAAUGAUAUUCCCCCACCUCAGCCAUCUCGUCCAAAAUCAACAACUCGAGCACCAAGUAAUGGAACACCAGCAUAUGAUUGGUUUGAUUUCUUCCUUGAAUGUGGUGUUGAUGUCGGAAAUUGUCAACGUUACACAUUAAAUUUUGAGCGUGAACAAAUGGACGAGAAUAUCUUGGAAGAUAUCUCACCUUCGUUGUUGAGGACCUUGGGGUUGAGAGAGGGUGAUAUAAUACGUGUUAUGAAGCACUUGGACACUAAAUUUAAUAGGAAAAGAUCAGUUGAGCCUCCUGAGCAAUUGCUGCAACAACAACUGCAACAAAAAAGUGGCAGCUUGUUUGUGGAUAGCAGCGGUGCAUUGAAGAAUAAUUCCUCUACGGAGGUUUUCAAGGUUUCGAAAGAUGCAUUGCCAUCUCCAGUCAAGGCUCAGCAAACAAUCAAUUCGCCAGGUGAAAGUUCAUCAAAGAUUGAAGACGAUGCAUGGGCAAUGAAACCUGCAGCAAGAUCAAACGAAAACCUUCUCAAACCAUCGCCGCAGCCACAGACUCAACAACAGACCCAGCCUCAAACUCCACAAUACACUGGUUCCUUGUCGGACCUUGUCAACAUAAAGCCAAGGGAGAACAAAGUGGAACCUCAAUCUACAAUUCAAGCUCAGAAUCAAAAUCAAACCCAAACCCAAACUCCAUCUUUGCCACCACUUCAACCAACCAAGACAGCCAGCAAUGUUUCAGCACAUACGGGAGGCACUUUGGUUCCUGCCCAACGUACCGGUGGUUUUGUACCAAUUCAACGUACAGGUGCAGGAAUUGUAGCAGCGCCCACAGGUGGGUUCUUGCCGGCUCAGCCAACUGGAUUUAUACCGAUUACUGCUCAGCCUACAGGUUUUGUUCCAAUUCAACAAACUGGUAUGCUUCAGCCACAAAUUACUAUUGGUAUUUUACCUUUACAGCCUGCUCCAACCAAUCAGCAAAGAACAGGCAGUGCCCCACCAAUGACGACGUUUGGUUCUUCUUCGCAAUUCCAGCCUGGUUUUGUGCCAUUGCAAACUGGUAACUUGACAAUGCCUCAAACAAGUUUUGGUACUCAACAGCAAAAUACUGGUGGAAUACCUUUUACAUCUUUCAAUCAAAAUAUUAAUGCGACUACAGGUAAUAUGCCUCAAACAUCAUUUGGUCAAAAUCCAUUAGUGCCAGCACAAAGAACUGGCGGAACACAGAUCACGGGCGGAUUCGUCCCACAAUCCAACUUUGGUAAACAAAUAACUGGUGGAUUCAUGAAUACGAACAACACAUUCGGACAACAGCAACCAACUGGAGGAGCUUUUCCAUCAACUACUUUUGGACAGCAACAGCAACAACCAACUGGCGGAGCUUUUUCACUAACUACUUUUGGGCAGCCACAGCAACAACCAACUGGCGGAGCUUUCCCACCAACUACUUUUGGAACUCAAUUUACAGGCGGAACAGCACCGUUUGGACAAUCAGCUUUUAAUCAAAGCACUGGUCAUAUCCCCUCAACUUCUUUUGGGCAACCAUUCUCCCAGCCCAAUUUCCCUCUGUACCUGCAACCGAACGUUAAUCAAUUUGGCCAACAGCAACAACCACCACCACCACCACAACAACAACAACCUAAUAUGAACCAAAUGACGAACAUGUUUCAAAACACGUCGAUUGGUGCGCCACAAGGACAAAUGCCUACAACAAGCUUUGGUCAAUCUCAAUUCGAAGGCUUCAAUUCUCAGCCAUUGCAGUCUCAACCAACUGGAAUGGGAUUUGGUAAUGCGCCUUUGCAAUCUCAACAAACUGGUAGAAGAGCAAACCUUGCAGCAGCAACGCCAGAUAAUCCAUUCGGAUUUUAG